AUGAUCGAGGUUCAAGACCCCGACAAUUCAUCUCAGACGGCUUAUGAUUCAUGGGUCAAAUCCAAUGCUUCUCCCAACAUUCAACGACUGGGCAAUGGAGGAUCAGACUAUGCAGCAUUCGUUCAACAUGUUGGCAUUCCAUCCACCAACUUGAUAUUUGGAGAAGGGCCAGGAUAUCCUGUUUACCACUCUUUAUACGAUGAUUUUGUAAGGGUGGAGAAGUUCGCGGACCCUGGGUUCUGUAGGCAUGUCGCAGCAUCAACGACAACAGCGCGGCGCUCCUGGUGUUUCUCUCCUUCUACUACCUUGCAUGCUACAAUGCCACCGCCUCCUCACUAUACAGAAAGUUUGAGUGAGGAAAAAUUCCAUCUCAUGAACGAACAUGAAGAAGUUCUAAUGUGA